AAAAGUAACGUUAAUCAAUUAAGUUAAAUUUGACCAAACUUAACCAAUUAAGUUGACGAUGUAAUCGACUAAAUAAGUGUACAUAUUUUUAUUUUUGACGAAAAGAGUCGAUUAAUUGAGUGUAUACAUCAGAAGACGCAAUAAUGUUGUGUGUGUUGAAACUUGUCUCAAAUGAAUGUUUGUCUGUCAAGACUCAAGAAUAACUUCACACGUCGCCACCAAUCAUGAAAUAGCGUUCAUUUUGUAAUAUAGAAGCGAGAAAGAUAGAGAGACUGACAACACCUCUCUCUCUCUCCCCUCGUUGAUCCCAAAUCUAUUAGGGGUUUUUAUUCGAUGCUAUUCGGCCUGAAGCUUUCGUUUCGCGGAUUUUUUUAAUUAUUUUUUUUCCUGCCUAUCAGGAAAGUUGAAAAAAAGAUGGACCAUGACAAGACUGGAUGCGAAGCUCCCCCAGAAGGUCCUAUAUUGUGCAUCACCAACUGCGGAUUUUUUGGAAGUGCAGCUACCAUGAACAUGUGUUCUAAGUGCCACAAAGACAUGAUGCUGAAACAGGAGCAGGCAGGGCUUGUAGCAUCAUCCAUUGGGAAUAUUAUGAAUGGGUCAUCAAGCAGCAGUGGAAAUGAACCUGCCAUUGCUACCAGUGUGGAUGUUUCAGUCAAUUCAAUAGAGCCUAAAAUUAUCCCCGCACAACCUUUAGUUGCUUCAGGUUCAGAGGAGAGUGAUGAGGCAAAGCCCAAGGAUGGUCCAAAACGAUGCAGCAACUGCAAUAAGCGGGUUGGUUUGACAGGAUUUAAUUGUCGAUGUGGUAACCUUUUCUGUUCUGUACAUCGCUACUCAGACAAGCAUAAUUGCCCAUUUGAUUACCACACUGCUGCAAGGGAUGCCAUAGCUAAAGCGAAUCCGGCUGUCAAGGUUGAGAAACUUGAUAAGAUCUAGAUUUGUUGUCUUUAAGUUUCAUGCCCUGAGAUGCUGUUAUGCUCAUUGUCGUCAUGAUGAGAUGAUCCUCCUGCAUAUUUUAAUGGUAUUAUUAUAUUUUGUAUGUGAUGGGGGACGUGCAGUUAUAGGACAUCGCUGCAGUUUGAAGUACUAUUUCAUGUGAUUUGCAAAAAUAUACAUCCCAGUGUUUUAAAUUCUAGUAUUUAAUCUCUGCUGGUGGAAGUUGGUGUUGUUGGCAUUGUUAGGCAUAUAUUAUGUUCCUUAUCUCUUACGGAUGAUUUCGGGAUCAUCCAUGGACAAUUGGACAUGUGGUUAGAUUGUAAAUUGUAGAUGUGGACUUAUUAUAUAUGAAUACAAUUGGGAUCCAUAUCCUUUAGUGAUGCUCA